AUGACAAAUACUAAAAUAAUUCUUCUCUGGUGCUGGUCAUUGCUGGCACUUAUUCAAACUAUAUAUACAAGUUCAAUACAUGCUCCAUUUAUGUCUUUUUGUAAUCAAACAAUAAAUAUGUCAUCUCCUUUAUCACUCAUUUUCACACCAACACCUUCUUUAUCUUAUUCAUCAUGUUGUAAUUUCACAUUGAUUAAACCAUCUUUAUUCAGUUCAUCGGAACAUUUUAUAAUUAAUAUGAAUAUGUCACAAAUAAUUCCAUCAUUUCAUAUAUUUAAUAAACAAAUGCAAUCAAUUGAGUUAAUGAAUUAUUCAUUAUUUGAUCGAACAUAUUUUCGUACGAAUAUUAUUGAAUUACCACUUAUAUUUAGUUUAUGUCAAUUUAAUAUUCCAUUAUUUGAAAUUUUAAUAACAAAUAUUUCAAAAAGCCCAUGUCUCUCAAAUCAAUAUCGAUGUUUAAUAAGUAAUCAAGAUCAAUGGUGCAUAGAUGAAAUAUUUCAUUGUGAUGGUUAUUAUUCAUGUCCACAAGGUGCAGAUGAACAUAAUUGUUCAAAAUCUAUGCCAAGAUUAACUUUACCAAAAAUGAAACGAACUAUUAGCGGUGGUAUUGUAACAACAAUAAUUAUAUUUGGACUUUUAUUAAUUAUUAGUUCAGUUAGUAUAGCUGUUGCAUUUGUUUAUUUUCAACGAAAACGUCAAAGACGAAGACAAUUUACUUAUUCCCUUGAAUCAACUAGUGAUGAUUGGGAACCAUCAGGUACUGGUUAUCAUUUAUUUGAUAAUUGGACAAAUAAUCGACGUAGUACAGGAAAUCAUAUUGAUAAUGUUAUUAUUGAUGCGAAUGAACAUAUGCCUAUAACAAAUCGGUGA